AUGGUUCCUAUUCUCUAUGGAUCACAAACAGGAACAUCGAUCUAUGUCAGUAAAUUAAUAGAAAGAGCAAUUCUAUAUGGAUAUGACGCAAGAACGAUUUAUAACUUGGAGAGCUUUUCCUCCAGCCAAGAUCAGAGAAGUAUGUCUAUAGUGGUGGAGAUGGAUCUUUUUGACAUCGAAAAAAUCAUUGAUGUAGACUUUAUUAUAUUUGUUUGUUCAACACAUGGAGACGGAACUGAGCCAUUCAACAUGACUAAGUUCUGGUCGUUUCUGUCAAACGAUAGCUUGCCAAGCACCAUCCUGUCUCAUUUGAGCUUUGCUGUUUUUGGUCUUGGAGACUCUUCAUAUGAAAAGUUCAAUUACUGCUCCAAAAGGCUCUUCAACCGACUCAAGAUGCUUGGAGGAAGGCCUGUAAUAAGAAGAGGGUGUGGAGAUUCACAGGACAAAGAGGGGUAUCUUUCUGAUCUUAGGCCUUGGUUACUGGAACUUGUGACUUAUAUGAAAAGUUAUAGGACAAAGGAUAUCAUCCUUAUUCCUCCUAAGCCUGAGGAAUACAUUUCAAGAUUGGUUGGGAAAAGACAGCUAACACCCGAGGAUCAUUUUCAAAAGAUAGUGGAGUUUGUCUUUGAUAUUCCUGGGUACAAGGACUUCUCUCCUGGAGACUGCUUAUCUUUUCUUCCAGAAAACUACAAUUACAAAGAAUUCAUGAGUUAUAACGGCAUAGAAGAAGAAGAAAUGGAUGGAGUAUUGUCCACAUGGCUAGUGAGACAGGUUAUAGACUUUAAUUCACAGCCACAUCAACCAUUCUUUUUUGCACUUGGGCACUUUCUAAGGCAGAAGAUUGAUGUUGAGGAAGAAAUCCUUCUAAAAGUAGAGGAGAUUGCUGAGGAUUAUGAUCUAUACUACGACUAUAUAAUCAAACCAAAAAGAACGGUGUUUGAAGUUCUUAAGGAUCUGAAGGUGAAAGUUGACAUUGCAUUUCUUAGGAGAUUCGGUCCUACUUUAUACCCAAGAUUCUUUUCAGUAACAAAGAAGGAGGGGCUGUACCACAUUACUGCCUCCAUUGUAAGGUAUAAAACCCUCCUUGCCCAGCCUAGGAAAGGAGUUUGCUCCGAAUACCUGAUGAGUAUGAGCCUAAAUAAUACAGUUAGGGUAGGUGUUGGAAGGAGUAAUCUGUACUUUGGCUCGGAUAAGCUAUUGUUUAUAUGCACAGGGACUGGGAUAGCCUUGCCAAGGGCCUGCGUCCAUGAAUUCAAGGAUAAGGAAAUGGUUAUAUUUUACGGAUUCAGGCAUAGACACAAAGAUUUUUUAUAUUCUGAUGAAUGGAAUAAUAAAAACGUGAGAAUAAUUACUGCAGCAUCCAGAGAUGAUAAGGUUUAUGUCCAAGACAUUUUCAGGAAAAACCCUGUUGAAGGAAUUGAUCAGUAUCUGAUAUUUGUGAGUGGAAGCUCAAGAUUAAAUAAGGUUGUUAGAGGGGUUUUACAAGAUGUGUAUGGAAAGGUAGUUGUAUUCCAGUCUGAAACAUGGUAG